ACUCACUGACUUAGCGGCAACUGAUCGACAUACCGAUAAGUGGUAACGAAGCCAUGCCAAACCAACUAGAACCCGCAACAGUGAUGAUGCUGGACUGCAUCACUGAUGACGAUGUGGGGCGGAAGCUUCGUGUUGCAGGGCGGAUGCUCACGUAUGACCAUUCUACCGCGCUCGUGCUCCUCUCAUGUUCCUCCCAUGGACUUCUGGUAGACGUGUCCCUCGUAAUCGAUCCCGAUGCGGUACUUUCUACUGAGAAAUGGGGCGGAACGCUUGAUCCAAGUGUUGACUAUAACUGGAUGCGCGAACGUAAAGCAUGGGUGUGGGUCAUCGGGUGGUUGGCGAAGUCUGAGGUGGGUCGUGUCCAGUGCACGUUGUGCAUCUGCUUUAGCUGA